AUGUUAUUCUACUGCUCAUUGGUUUGGAUCCUUGCAGGGGCUGUUCAAGGCGUCAUCUUCACGACUUCUAGCUCUUCCUCCAGGAGUGCGACUCUAGACUCUUCCAGAUCUUCCUAUACUCACGAGACUUUGAUAUCUCUCAGCUCAGCAACAGCUGCCACGUCUUCGCCAUCGUCUGCCAGCUCUUCCAAUGGCUCACCUCGCAGUUCAUCUACUACGCCAUCAGGCUCUUUUAGUAUCUCUACUCUGAAGCCUCGGGCUUCAUCAUUCUCUCACACGAGAACUUGUUCAAAUAACUGUACUGUAACUGCGCAUUUUCCCACAGUGCACUCUUGGAAGGCGUACAACAUCUCAACAACGACUACCGCUGCCACCCUCGUGGUCAUCAUAAACACAGUAUACAAUACUUCCAAGACUAGCUUGCGCCUCAAUGAACUCCCAAGUGGAUACAUCUUACCGGAUGUGAAUGCUGCUGGCACACAUGUCAAUACCGUGAGCUACACAAGAUCGGGAAGGCUGGUAGUAACAGAAGUCUGGCCAGGAACGCUCGAAACCUCGGGAACUUGCCAAACCGCUUCAUGGAAAUCCGUACCCCUUGCCUCAUUCCCUCAACCCCCUGUUGUCAUGCCGACCCAUGACCUAGGUCCCGACCCCGAAGGCCUUCUCUUCUACCCUUGGCUCGAACACCCAGGGCCAGGCGUGUUUAUGUUAAAUUUCCACUCCGAAAUUGCGUGGCUAAACUGUUCAAGACCUAAUUGGAAAAGCCCUGCGGCCAUCGCCUUCACAGCUCGAUUUAUGACGGUUACAUCAACAGAGUUCGAAAGAGUUACAAACCCACCAACACCAGCUGGGAGGCCAGAAACCCAAGGACCGAGCGAUACAGCCCAGCCUCAGCAGACACAAGGCCUCGUGGCAUCUAAACAGGCAGAAGUUCAACCAGGAGCAUCCAAAGUCCAGCCAGAGCAAAGCCAAGCACCAGCCCAACCUGGACAAAGUCAGCCACAAGGUGCCAGCAAUGGAAACAAGCAACCUGAACCAACCGGGGGGAACCAGCCAGGUACCCUCGCAGCUCAAGUCCAACAGCAAGUCACACAGGUGAUUCCCGUCGGCUCCGAAACAAUCAACUUCCAAGCGGGAGAAUCCGUAACCGAUGUCAUCCUGCCAAACGGGCGAACCCUCCAACCAGGAAGCGCAAUCAAUGUAGACGGCACCCCUGUCUAUCUUCCCACUUCAGGAUAUGCCAUUGUGAUAGGCGGCGCAACCGUGACGUUCAACCAGGCUCGUCCUACUGAACCACCCUACAUCACCAUUGGUUCCGAAAUCGUGCCUCUCUCCUUCCCGCCAGAGCAGAUAGGUAUUCUCCUCCCCAACAGCGUCACACUUCUCCCCGGAUCGUCUACGAAUAUUGGUGGAACAAAAUUCUCACUGGCACCCUCCGGAACCGCCAUCAUCGUCGACGGAAGCCCCAUCCCCCUCAUUCCCAACAGCUUAUCCAACAUCAUCGUCGGCACCGCUAUCAUCCCCGUCUCCCCCAUCACAGCUCCCGGGGGUGGCCUCAUCCUCCCAAACGGCAUAACGCUAUAUCCCGGAUCUUUAGUCACGAUCGGUGGAACAGUGAUAUCUCUCGCGCCCUCGGGAACCGCGCUCGUCGUCGACGGGACAACAGUACCGAUCUCGAAUUAUGCGACCCCGACGCCGUUUUCGUACGCCACCGAUGGAGGCGUAAUUCUCCCAGGUGGGAAGACGUUACGCCCGGGCUCGUCUACUGUCAUUAGUGGGACGACGUAUUCGCUGAAUCCUACGGGUGCGCUGGUGCUGAGCAGCGGGACGAGCGCGACGACGGUGACGCCUGGGAAAACGGGGUCGGGAUCUGCGGGCUCGGCGACCUUAACGGGUGGAUCGAUGUCGAUGAGCGCUGGAUCAUCAACCUCGUCGGAGGGAGCUGGGAAGUAUAUCUGGAGCGGUUUGGGUGGUGACCCGAAGGUUCAGACGGCCGGAGCCAUUGGGGCCCAGUUCUACGUGCAUACUUGGGCUGGAAUUGUGUUUAUAGCGGCUGGCGUUCUCAUGAUUGUAUUAUUAUUGUUUAGCAUUUUUUUUCAUUUACGGUAUACGCAUCCACUAGCCAAGACUUCAUAUUGGGUUUUUUUAGACUGGCAUAUGGGGUCAGUAAAAGAGUCUGGUAGAGGAAAUAGUAUCAUGGCUAGUCCUUACUCCACCUAG